ACCCACUUGCUAAGUUACAUAUGAACCCGCUCAGCUGGAUUGACGUCGGUAUUUUGGUUGACAGAUUCCCCACGAAUUGUCUUUAGCUUCUUGUCAUCCAUCAUACUGGCGCAGUAACCAGAAUUUGAUUUUAAUACCGACAAUAGCUACUGGUUUGUGUUUUAGAAGAACAGUAGCUAGCAUAGUUAGCUAAAUCAAAAUGUCGCUUCAAUACGAAGAGCAACUGUCUGGGAGCUACGGUGUUGUUGAUCCUUUUCCUAAAGACUUCGGUUAUGGUGUGGAGGAACCAGAUAUUGAAGAGAGUUCACCAUCACCUGACAGUAAACCAAGAAUAUUACUGAUGGGCUUACGGCGGAGUGGAAAAUCGUCUAUCCAGAAGGUGGUGUUCCACAAGAUGUCACCCAAUGAGACGCUUUUCUUGGAGAGCACCAACAAGAUCUAUAAGGAUGAUAUAUCGGGAAGCUCCUUUGUAAACUUUCAGAUUUGGGACUUCCCUGGUCAAGUUGACUUCUUUGAUCCCACAUUUGAUUAUGAGAUGAUCUUCCGGGGCACUGGCGCGUUGAUCUUCGUCAUUGAUGCACAGGAUGACUACGUGGAGGCAUUGGGAAGACUCCAUCUCACUGUGUCACGGGCCUACAGGGUCAACCCAGAGAUCAACUUUGAGGUCUUCAUACAUAAGGUUGAUGGUUUAUCCGACGAUCACAAGAUAGAGACUCAGAGAGACAUCCAUCAGAGAGCCAACGAUGACCUGGCAGAUGCCAGCUUAGAGAAACUCCAUCUCAGCUUCUAUUUGACAAGCAUCUAUGACCACUCUAUUUUUGAGGCCUUCAGUAAAGUCGUCCAGAAACUUAUACCUCAGCUACCAACACUGGAGAAUCUCUUGAACAUUUUCAUAUCUAAUUCUGGCAUUGAGAAGGCCUUUCUUUUUGAUGUAGUCAGCAAAAUCUACAUAGCCACAGAUAGCUCCCCGGUGGACAUGCAGUCCUACGAACUGUGUUGUGAUAUGAUUGAUGUCGUCAUAGACGUCUCAUGUAUUUAUGGCCUUAAAGAAGAUGGUAGCGGCAGUGCAUACGAUAAGGAGUCUUUGGCCAUCAUUAAGUUGAAUAACACCACAGUUCUUUACCUGAAAGAGGUCACCAAGUUCCUGGCUCUUGUUUGCAUCCUCAGAGAGGAGAGCUUUGAGAGGAAAGGUUUAAUAGACUACAAUUUCCACUGUUUUCGCAAAGCCAUCCAAGAAGUGUUUGAAGUGGGCUCUUCAAUACAGAGGACUGGUACACUACAAGUCAGCUCUCCCAGCCACAGCCUGGGGAGCCUGAAGGCAGCAGCGCUGAAUGGGACACCCAGGAGUGUGGUGUAGUAUGAAAGAGGGACGUGAUCCCUUAACCGUAAAGCCUUUCCGCCCUGAGAGUGCACUAAUGCAAGUGGAGACUUUACCCAAGGACUACGUGAUAUGCAAAGAACCCCCUCAACUUGUGCCUGCCAGACUCAAUACAAAGGUACAACAGUACAUUUAAAGGAAGAACUAAGCCAGGGGGCACUGCUGCUUUUUUGUUUGUUUGUUUGUUUGUUUGUUUGUUUUUCCCAUUACAUUGUGUACUUACAAGCCUCAACGGAAGAGUCAUGUGAUUCAACCAGCGAGUUCACCUACUGUAAACUCCUGUUCCAAAAAGAUUGCAUAAAAAAAGAAAAAAAAAAAAGCAAAACAAAAACAGGCUGCUGACAGAACUGAACGCUGUGAGUCAUUCUGACGUAUUUAAUGUGCUUUAUGAAUCUAAACUCCAGGGAGAGAGAAAGAGAACCAGUUGUGUUCUGUUAGAUGAGUAAGAGCAGUGUUGUGGUCCUCAGGAAUUCUGUCCCUUCUCUCUCUGAUUGUAUUGAAACUCAAGGAGAAAUGAAAUGUUCAGGAUCACGUGAGAUUCACUGACUUGGUCCCUGGAGCCCUUCAGUGAA